AUGCAGUCCAACAACGAUCAACCCGAGUCCCCCACGCCCAAGCAGCUGGCGACUCCCGCGACCAACGUCGGCGACUCCAACCCCCCCAGCACCACCCACUCCCCAUCCACCCCCGUCAACCGUCAGGCCCACCCCAUGAACCCACGCGCUGGCCAGCAGAACAUGGCCAACGCCCGCGGCGGUGUCUUCCCCAGGGCCGCUGGCGCUGGUGUCCGCCCGCCGGCGUCUGUGCCGCGCUACUAUGGCAACCCGGCGAUGGGUCAGCAGCGUAGGCAGCCUCUCGACAUGUUCAACGACGGCUGUUCGGGAAACCUGGACAACCUUCGCUAUCCUUUGAUUGGGAUCCCGAAUUCCGCGGCGGCUCGAGGUGCGACCCCGUUGGCAGCGGCCCCCCAGCGUGUCGACCAGACUCAGCACAACUUUCAGAUCCCCCAGGCUCAGGUCAAUCAGACCCAUGGUUCCGAGGCACAUCAAAUACACUACUACUCAGCCCAGAACAUGCCAGUGAGCCACAACUACCCUGCCCAUCAACCGAAUGGCAACCCUCAAAACUACUACUCUCAGCAGGAGCAGCAGCUUCAGCGUCAGCAAUAUGAGAUGAUUCGAAACAUGGAUCCCGAAGCUGCCAGAUACAUGCGCCCACCGCCCGGGACCAACCUCUCGUACCCACCUGCGCCCAAUGGUCCCUCUGGCAGUCACGCCAACACUCCCAAUUCCGGUCACGCUGGCGUCAAGCCCGAGGGAAACAAUGGCCCUCCUGCACAAGCCUCAGCCGGCCCAGCUGCCGCCACGCUCGCUGGCGACCCCCAGGCAGCCGAUCCCUCAGGGCCCGCCCAUCCGGCGGCGCACUGCCAGGUCCCCCCUGUCCCCCAGGCCUACCAGGACUUCUCGAAUCACGUCUACGCCCUCUUGAAUCAGCCCACCAGUGACGGGUUCUGUGGACACAUUAAGGGUCCGGGAGAUGUCGAGUCGUACAGGUCGGCAGUCUGGUGGGCCAAGAGGCCCAAGAGGGCCCGCGCCGCGGAGAACAAGUGCCACGACUUCCCCGCCGACGACGCCGGCAAGCAGGAGGUCGUGCGGCGGCUCUUUGAGGCCAUCGUCAACCUUGACGGCGAGCAGUGCAAGGUUUCAGAGAAGCUUCCCUUGCGAGAAUCUACUGCGGUCACCUUUAUCAACAACCGCUCCCCUCUCGAGAUCGAGAUUGUGGCUUGGGAUCUUAUGGAGGCAAUGAGAAAGGUCCAGAUGGGCUUGCCGGUCGGACAACAACCUUACCCCCUGGUGCAGGAAGCAACCUUUGGGGAGAAGGUUGACGCGGUUGUCGAAGCUCUUAGCUUCAACAAGCUGCUGUGUAAGAGUGUAAUGGAGUCUGUGGAGCUCCAGGCUCGCGUUGCCGCCAAUCCCGCCUCGGAAUUGGUAAAGAAGAACGGCAACAUGAGGACCAACAAGAGGAAGGGAGACCUCCUCAGCGAAGCGAACCAAAAGAACGGCACCGCCAGGAAGGCCACGGCCAAGGGCAGGGGCAAGAGGGCUGCGGACGACGACGACGACGUCAAGGCGGAGACUGCCUCGGAGCCUGGCUCCUCCUCCGCCGGGGCUGUGGCUGGCCACGAGGCUGUCCAGGCUUCCCAGGCUGGGGCUUAG